AUGGACAACAACAACCAGGCAUCAGAAAAAGAUCUCGAGCAAAUUGCUAGUAAGGAAGAAGCAAUCGGAACAGAGAUCACAAUCGGAAGUGAUAGCGAUGGACCUUCAGGACGAUUCACUGCAGAGCAGACCAAGGCUCUCCUUCGGAAGAUCGACCUCCACAUGAUACCGUACCUUUCUCUCCUAUAUCUUCUCUCAUUCUUGGAUCGCACGAAUAUCGGCAAUGCGAAAUUGUUUGGACUGGAGAAGUCGCUGGGUCUGAAAGGCAAUCAGUACAAUACAGCACUAUGUGUAUUCUUUGUUACCUAUGUUCUCUUUGAGGUUCCAUCAAACAUGAUCUUGAAGAGAUGGCGAGCAUCCAUGUGGUUCCCUAUCAUGAUGAUAGCAUGGGGAGUUGUGAUGACAUUGAUGGGUCUGGUCCAAAGCUUCGAGGGUCUCGUUAUAGCCCGUGUCUUUCUUGGACUGGCGGAAGCAGGCCUUUUCCCCGGAGUCACGUUCUACAUCACAUUGUGGUAUCGUCGCCGUGAAUGCGCAUUUCGAGCUGCGAUAUUCUUCUCCGCAGCGACGAUUGCAGGAGCCUUUGGCGGUCUCCUAGCCCGAGGAAUAAACGAAAUGAACGGCACAGCUGGAAAGCCAGGCUGGGCUUGGAUUUUCAUUCUCGAAGGGAUAAUAACGGUGGUUGUGGCUUUCAGUGCAUUCUGGUUCAUCUACGACAGCCCUUCAACCGCCAGAUUUCUGACCAAGGAGGAGAAAGAAGAAGUCACGUACAGACUGGCACAUGACACUGACGGACUUGCCGAUUACUACGAUAUCAAGUUCUUGUAUGCUGCCUUCAAAGAUUGGAAGAUCUGGCUGCAAUGCUUCACAUACCUUGGCAUGGUGACACCUGUAUACUCCUUUUCCCUAUUCUUGCCAUCCAUCAUUGCGGCAAUGGGAUAUUCAGCUGCUCGAUCACAGCUUCUCACGGUGCCACCUUAUGUCUUCGGCUGCUUAGCCACGAUCGCUGCAGGAUAUUUCAGCGACAAAUACAACAAGAGAGCCCCUUUCCUCCUCUUUCACGGCAGCAUCGCUCUUAUCGGCUACAUCCUGCUUAUCGCCACUCACGUCCCAGGGGCACAAUAUACCGGCACGUUCUUGGCUGCUUCAGGGGUGUACCCGAUGAUCCCUAUCUUGGUCAUGUGGAACGGCAACAAUGUUGGCGGCAGUGUCAAGAGAGGUGUUGCCAUUGCCAUGCAGGUCGGCACUGGCAAUUGUGGUGGUAUUGUUGCUUCGUUCAUCUACCGGAACCAAGAUAAACCACGCUAUCUAGUCGGCCACGGCGUCAUUAUUGGAUUCAUCUCUAUGACCCUUAUCCUCACAGUGUUCCAAUAUUUCGUCCUCUCGGCCAUUAAUCGCAGACGCGAUCGAGACAACCCAAAGCCAGAGGAAUACACCCAGGAAAUGAAGGACCAGGAGAGAGAUCUCGGUGACGAUGCAAGCUUUUUCCGCUUCACCGUCUAG